AUGGAAGAUUUCAUCAAGCAGCUGAGGGACAACUUCUCCACCAGAUUUGAAGACUACAGCAUGCCUAAAGCUGGCAUCAAGAAGAGGUCCAAGGUUCCUGGGGUCAUGAUCACGCAGUUUAUAGAGGAGCUACCGGAGGGCAAGAGCACCCCAGACUUCCUUAGCAAACCCAUCGCUCUAACCAUUCAAGAGGGUAAAUUAGCCAUUUUCAAAGCCCAUGUGUGUGGGGAUCCAAAACUGGAUGUGACUUGGGGAAGAGCAAAGGGGGAUAUGUCAGACACAGAGAAAUUUCAAAACAAAUAUGAAGAAGCUACUGGUGAAUACACUUUAGAGAUUCCCAGAGUGUCUGGAGAGGAGACAGACACUUACAAAUGCUAUGCUACAAAUGAAUAUGGCAAUGCUAUUUGCACUGCAGCAUUGAAUGUGAUUGAGGUUGGAUUCAAGAAGAAGAAGGCCAUGGAGCAGCUGGAAGACGUAGGAAGUGGGCGUGUCAACAAGAACUGCAUUCGUCCUUGUGUUCGUCCAUCCUUUGUGUUGGGUAAUGCCAAAUUGGCUAAACCCCAGGGGGAGAGCAAUGUGUACCCAGUUUAA